AUGGUUGCCAAAUCCAAGGCUCUUAGAACACCAGGGAAUUUCCUCUUGGUUAAUAUGUCAUUUAGCAAUGUAAUGAUGUCAACGGCAGUGCCCAUGGUAACAGUGGCUUCCUUUGAAGGUUGUGACAUCCAUGCAGUUAUUAUGGGAGGGUUUGGCCUCAUGACAAUCAACACGAUGGCGGCCAUUGCGGCAGAGAAGUACUACGCAAUCGUUCGAAUGUCGCAGAUUCAAACGUCGUGGAAACAACUUGUGAAAUAUCUGAUUAUGGUCUGGAUAAAUUCUGCCCUAUGGGUCCUCUUGCCGGUAGUUGGCUGGGGCCGGUACAUCCUCGAAGGGCUUGGCACAGCUUGCUGUUUUGACUUUCUCACUCAAACCUCCAACAACCGCGCUUUUGUAAUGGCCCUGGUGGCCGGAGGAGCCGUUUUGCCUCUCUCUGUCAUUGUGUCAUUCUACAUCGGUAUCUAUGUGCACGUGCGCUCGCACUCAAACAAAAUGCGUAAAAUGAACGUGCAAAAGCACGAUAAGAAGUUUCACCUCAGAUCAGAGAUCAAGAUCGUGCAGAUGACUUUGAUUCUUUUGGUAAUAUACCUCAUAGCGUGGACGCCAUAUGUAGUCGUAGCUUUAAUGGGGAUAUUUGGUUACGAAGAGAAAUUGGACCGCGUUACGUCCACAAUCCCGGCCAUGGUGGCAAAGGCAUCUGCUUUGUACAAUCCAAUUGUCUACUUGUGCUAUCAUCGUGGGUUUCAAUCUGAACUCAGGCGCAUGGGAAUCUGCUUGUGUAUGCUGAGACGGAAAUUAUCUACACAAUUUUCCGGCAGUGACCAAAUUAGAUGUGAAUCUACGAGCGGUAAUAUUCGAAGAACUUGGAUAGUAAUUGAUAGGUCGGCCAGUGGAGAGUAUGCUUUUAUUUGACUUAAAUUGAGAGGGAUUGAAGCAAGAAAGAAGAAAGUUAAUUUUGUGCAUAUACUUUAGCCUAAGUAUGCAUUUAGGCGCUUUAUCACUUCCUUCUUAUAACCGAUUGGAUGGAUUGGAUGGCUUUGUGGUUAGAGUGGCCGCCUCCGGAGACACACACCAAUCCUUCAUAAAGCACCUGCCAAGCAGUAAAAUAAUCUUAUUCAUUUGCUGGCUUUCAGCGCCUCAAACGGUAGCUUAUCAUCAGCAGGGCGAAGAGAAAGUCUACACCUAGUCUGAAUUAAGACCAAAAAAUAGCAUAAUAUUGUUAUCUAUUCUAAACCGCAAUGAAACGUGAGUGCGGUAUACAGUGUACAAGAACCAUACUACUUUGCUUCACAA